AUGCACUUCGCGCUGCCCCCACGCAAAACAUCCCAUCCUCCUCCCUACGUUCGAAACAGCAACCUGACUGCUGCAUCCCAGAGAAGGCGAAAGCAAUUCCAACUCGGUGCUUACUUAGUGUUGGGAAUAUUGACGCUGUACCUUGUCGUCCGAUUUCUUCUUUCGCUCGAUUUAAUAGAAGGGCAUAACGAUGGCGCGACUUCAAUUGAAGGGCCUCAAGAUAUUGUUAUCGUCACGGUGUUCGACGAUGAGACUAUGAGCGAAGACUAUAAGCGGAUAGUGAGGACAAAUCGAGAAGAUUAUGCCAGGAGACAUGGAUACAAGAACUUCUACUCCAACACAACGGCGUAUUUCGACCUCGUUGACCCUUCUCCGUUAUCCUGGUCAAUGAUACCGGCCCUACGGCACGCUUUGACAGAGCAUGCCGCGAGCACCUUUUUCUGGUUCUUGUCCGCCGACGCUUUCAUAACGAAUCCCUCAGUGUCACUAGAAUCUCACGUCCUCCAACCGCUCGAGUCCCUCAUGCUCAAGGACAUUCCUGUCGUUCCCCCGGACUCGGUCAUUCAUACAUUCUCUCACCUCAAGCCUUCCCGCACGCAUCUGAUUCUGUCGCAAGACAUGGACAACCUAGCCCAUACUUCGUUCAUCCUCCGCAACACCCCCUUCAGCACCAAAACACCAGACAAUUGGGCCCAUUACUUCUUAGAUGCCUGGUUCGACCCCUUGUACCGCGCCUAUGCAUUUCAAAAAGCGGAGAACCACGCCCUCGAGCACCUGGUUCAAUGGCACCCCACGGUCCUGGCCAAGUUGGUGCUGGUCGAGCAACGCUGGAUCAAUUCCUACAACUACGCCACACCCCCCGCGAAGGACCCGUUGACCGGCCUCACGCGCACUCACGACAGUAUGUGGCAGGAAGGGGAUUUGGUGGUCAACCUGAAAGGAUGCAGAGAAAGCGACAAGCGCGAUUGCGAAGAUGAAAUGAGAUAUUACUUUGCUAAGUGGGAGAAAGAAGUAGAAAAGCUGGAUGGGAAGAAGCCAGCGCAUAACGUUGGACCUCCGAAACCGAAGGUCAAAGAUGAGAGGAAGAAGACUGACGGGGUCAGAUCCGUGAGGAGGUGA